AUGAUUGAAAAAACAAAAAAUGUUGUCCAAGAACAAUAUUGUACAAAGAAUGGAUAUGAUUACGAUGCACAAGUUAUUUACGGUGAUACCGAUUCAGUCAUGGUUAAAUUUGGCCAUUCUGAUUUGGAAACUUGCAUGAAGCUAGGUGAAGAGGCUGCCAAUUAUGUUUCCACAAAGUUCAAAAAGCCCAUCAAAUUGGAGUUCGAAAAAGUAUACUUUCCAUAUCUCUUGAUUAACAAAAAGAGAUAUGCUGGAUUGUAUUGGACACGGCCAGAGAAAGCCGAUAAAAUGGACACGAAAGGUAUUGAAACAGUGAGAAGAGACAAUUGUCGUUUAGUUCAAAACGUCAUUACCAAAGUUCUUGACUACAUUUUAGAGGAACGUAAUGUUGAAAAGGCAGAAUUAUUCGUGAAGCAGACUAUUGCAGAUCUUCUACAAAACAGAGUCGAUUUAUCUCAAUUGGUGAUUACCAAAGCGUACUCCAAACAUGAAUAUGAUGGUAAACAAGCUCACGUUGAGUUAGCUAAAAGGAUGAAGAAGAGAGAUCCUGGUUCUGCACCUGCUUUGGGUGACCGGGUGGCAUAUGUCAUCGUCAAUUCUGCUAGUCAGAAGAACUAUGAAAAAUCAGAAGAUCCUUUGUAUGUCUUGGAGAACUCUCUUCCCAUCGACGUCAAGUAUUACUUGGAAAACCAGCUCUCUAAACCUUUAAUGAGAAUUUUCGAGCCCAUUCUUGGAGAAAGAAAGGCAAAGGAACUAUUGGCGGGAGCACACACGAGGACAAUCAAAAUGAGUGCUCCGAAGAGCGGCGGAUUAAUGAGAUUCGCCAAGAAGGCCGAGCUUUGCAAGAAUUGUAAGUCGCCUUUGAAACCGGGGAACAAAGGUGCUCUUUGUGAAAAUUGUGUCUCCAAAGCUCCAGAACUUUACUGUGAUGCUUUAGCGCAAAUGAAUUAUUUGGAGAACAAAUUUUCUCGUUUGUGGACAGAGUGCCAGAGAUGCCAAGGAUCGUUACAUCAAGAAGUUUUGUGUUCUAAUAAGGAUUGUCCAAUCUUCUAUAUGCGGAAAAAGGCACAAAAGGACACAUUCCAGCAAGCAGAAGAGCUCAGAAAAUGGGAUGAGACGAUCUGGUAA